AUGGCGCCAGCGGUGAUUGCAGACUCUGACGGAGACGAAUCUGAAGCAGGCUCUCCCCUGUCUGAUCCCUCGGCAUGCCCGUCACCGCCAAAUGAAGACGUCGAAGCUCAGGUGCCAUCUGAAAACAUCACUCAUCCGUCAACGUCAAUGUCAACGAGCCCCGGCUUUUUCAAUGGUAUAUUCGAAGACCAAAACGAUGCGGCCAAGCAGGAGGGGAUUGCUGCAAUUGCGCUGAAGAGAAACUUGCCGGAGGAAGCUGAGGCUGCAGAGGCCAUAUCGUUUGACGAGGGAUUUGUCCGAACAACGAAACGAGAGUCGGUAACGAGGGCCGACAAGAGUCCGUGGGAUGUUCCAAGUAGCCCGGAAAUGGCAAAGCCUAAGCGCCUCAGGAGACUGGAUAGCAGCUAUACCACAACCAAGAUUACCCGGGGCGUGCGCCGACGACUUGAGGAUAUAGGAUACCAAAGUCAGGAAGAUGAGCCCAGUUUCUGGGGCCGGGGUAUGACUCAAGGCGCGACAAGGAGGGGGCAAGCCGCCCUUUGUAUGGAACCACCCUCUGACGACAUGGUUUCUACUCUUCCUUUUGAGGAUGAUGCAUCCGUUAUGGGGCCGUCUCCAACAAACAGGUCGGACAGCCAAAAGGAGCAUCAUUCAGCAGUCCAGCCUGGCCUGCACGGCUCCCCAGCACAACCACCACCGCGGCGUAAUAUCAGCAUCAGAUCUGGCGAGGCAAAAACAAACAUAAGCAAAGCUCGUCCUGAUUCUGCUCUAUCCAUUGAGACAACCUCACCCGGCUUAGCCAACUCUCGGAAGUCAAAGCUCUCGAAGCAGAGUCCAUCUCCGGCGCCCAGUUCCAAUUUAUCCCUGCCACCAUGCCUGAAUACGAAACAUGAGUUGCGGGGUGGUGAAGCUGCUCAGCAAAUUCCGAGAACUGCAGGAGACGGUAAUUGCCCGGUGCAAAGCGAUGAUAAUGGAGCUGGAGGAAUAGAGGGCGGAAAAGAUGCUGACGUGGAAACGCAAACGAAGCCGGCUCUGUCUGAGACAAAGAGACCCAGGGGGCGUCCUAAGAAGACCGGCAACUCAAAUUCGUCAAAGGAGGGGGAGACUAUCGACUCCAAAGCAAAGAGAAAAAGAGGGAGGCCGAAAAAGUCGGACGAAGGGAAAGAAGGCAGGGUUGAUGCAGCGGAUGACGAAGAGACCGCACCGCGAAUUCGAGAUUCAACCCCACCAGCACCGUCGAAUGAGCAACAAGAGGAGGUCAACGGUUCGAAUGCAAUGCUGCUGCUACCCGCACGGGAUACAAUGCCUGCCGCUGCAGCUGCCGAGGAAAGGCCCACAGCGGCCAGCCGAAUGCUGGAAGCGCCGAGCUCGUCGAGCACUGAAAUUCCUGUGCUUGGCCACGGUAAAGACAAAGCUAGCAAGACUUUGGGCCGGGCGAUCUACAGGGUCGGACUGAGCAAGAAGACGAGAAUCGCCCCUCUACUAAAAGUAAUACGCAAGUAA